AUGACAGAAGACCAUUCCCCAAAGAAAACCCAACUGGAAGAAUUUUUAUCCAGUAUCAGUGACAACUACAGCAGGUACGAAACAGACGCGACGCUUGAUAAUUCUCAAGCAAUUUCAAACCAAAACGAGCUCGUCGACAAAUCAGGUUGACUCCUCAAGAAAUCUAACAACUUCCUACGAGGUUACCAGCAGCGAUAUUUUGUAUUACGAGAUAAAAGGCUAGUCUACUUCAGAAAAGAGUCCGACCCUCAGCCAGCUGGAAUUAUUAAUUUUAAUCUUAUAACAGUUGACGUACAAGUAUACGACCCAGAAAGGCCAAGAAAAAUUUUUAUCAAGCCUUUAGGCGCCAAAAGGUGUUUUGUGCUAAAAUCAACUGAUCCUAAAGAAAUUGUUGAUUGGGCUAUGGCUUUACAUAAACAUAUUACGUAUUCUGAUGGGAGAAAAUUGGACAUGACAACUAUAAGUAUGCAAAAGGAAUUCUGGAGAUUUGACAGGGUUUCAGAAGAACAGUUCCGAUACCAAGCUUGUACUGGAGAUUUAAUACUGUUUAAAGGGAAAAGUGUUGCAGCGAAGCUGCAACGAAGCGUUUUAAGAGGCAGGUAUGACCAUGUUGCUUUAUUACUGUGCUAUUCGACUGGGGAUAUAGCAAUUCUUGAAGCGACUGGAGAUGAUGGGGUUGCCAUAGUUCAAUGGGAUGACUUUUUGAGGUAUGGCUGGCAUCGGCUUUAUAAAAGAAUUGCAUUCCGCAAGCUGACUAUGAACAGAACAGAAGAAACUUUGACAAAAUUGCAAGGAUUUAUUGAUAAUGCUAGAGGGAAAAAGUAUAAAAUUUCAUAUAAAAAAGUAUUUGGAAUUGAUCAAAGGAGGCAGCCUGGAACUGAAGAUAAUUAUUUUUGCUCAGAGCUGAUUGCUUCAGCUUAUAAAGCCUUAGGAAUUCUAGAUGAAAAUAUUCCUUCAAGCAGGUAUUGGCCAGGGGAUUUCGAAAGCAAAAACUCGAUACCUUUGAUGGACGCUGAGCUUGGUGAAGAAAUCAUGGUUGAUUUCGAACUGUAA